CUUGGCCGUGAACUGUAAUCACCUCGAAAUCCUGGCGAACCAAGCUCUUUUUCCUCUCCUUCGAUAAUCAUGCUGAAAAUGCAACUACCGUGAACUGCACACCUGUUGAUCACCCCUUACUCCCGUCGGCCUGAGUUUCAUCCGGCCUGUAACCCGUUAGAAAAGGCAGCAUAUUCCAGAGAGUCAUUGUUAAACGCUCUGUUCGCUCGCUAUAUCAACAUGAAAGCGGUCAUCACACAUCGAUUCUUGCCCAAGCGGGUGCUGAGUUUGGCUCUCGGUAGUCCGCUUGGACAGGGCGCCCAAGUCAAGGACGUCCCCAUUCCAAACAUCACCGACAAUGAGGUCUUGGUGAAGGUGCGUGCCGUCGCGCUGAACCCAAUCGACUUCAAAGACAUCGAUUUCAUUUCCCCGCGUAACUCCGCCAUCGGCUGCGAUUAUGCGGGCGAGGUAACUCGGGUCGGCAAGAAUUCGGGACAGCGCUGGAAGGUGGGAGACCGAAUCGCUGGCUUUGUUCACGGUGGAUUAUAUCCCGACGUUGGCUCAUUCGCAGAGUACCUGAAAGUCGACGGAGAUUUGGCUUGGAAGGUGCCUGACGAAAUGACUCUAGGCGAAGCCACCACUUAUGGUGUUCCCGCAGCCACCGCGAUGCUGAGUCUUGCGUAUCUCGACAUUCCCUGGGCGGAUAUUGAGAACGGGCGCAGCACCCAGGGCGACCAGCCGACGAUUCUCAUCUACUCGGGAGGUUCGAAUGUUGGUCUCUUCGCUACUCAGCUCGCCAAGAGAGCCGGAUACAAGGUUGUGGCCACGGCUUCGCCACGUUCCUUUGACCUCGCAAAGCGCUAUGGUGCGGAUGCAGUAUAUGAUUACCGGACUUCUGCUUCGAUUGGUGAAAUCAAGAAAGCCUAUCCAAAUAUCACGAGAGCUCUUGACUGCUUUUCUGAAGGCAAUUCGGCCUCCUUCUGUGCUGAUGUGUUGCGAGAGGGCAAAGUGGUCACGCUUCUCGACCAAGGAAAACCGAAGAAACCAAACGUGACCUACACUUUCCUCAUGAUCUACACUGUCUUUGGUCGCGGGUUCCAGUUGAUGGCACCCCUUGGCCCCGUGUUCCCGGUGAUACCAAAAGAUCGCGAGGUCAUCAGCAACUUUUAUGGCAACUUGUCAACUUUGUGCCUUGACGUUGUGAGACCUCCACCCAUCACCACUAUUAAGGGCGGUUUCCAAGAAGUUUUUGAAGGAUUGGAGACACUUCGUAAAGGCGAAGGUCGGGGCACAAAACUGGUCGUUGAAUUUCAGUGAUUGAGUUGCCUCCCUUCAGAAUUGCCACCUCUUUAGUAGCCGACAACCUGUACUUCUUACCCAUGUCUUUCCACGUCUUGAUACUUCUGGGCCUCGACUCCUGGUAUAUCAUUAAUUCAUCCAUUCGGU